AUGGCCAGCAAAACUGAUUUUCACCCGGCCCUUGCUGUCAACAAUGUCAAACAUUUCAUCCCCAUUACUCUUGAGAUGGAAAAAGGACAAUAUUCAUCAUGGGCUGAACUUUUUAAAAUCCAUUGUCGUGCAUAUAAGGUGAUUGACUAUAUCAUUCCUCUAAAGUCGUCUAAAAAAGGCAAGGAACAAGCAGCUGAAGUCGAUCCUGAGUUAUGGUCACGAUUACACGCCAUAGUUCUCCAAUGGAUUUAUGGCACGAUUUCUAAUGAGCUUCUUAACACCAUCCUAAAGGCGGAUACAACUGCACACCGAGCAUGGGAACAUUUGAAAAAUAUUUUUCAGAAUAACAAAAAUUCUCGUGUUGUUUAUCUGGAAAAUCAAUUCACUCAUGUUCAUCUUGAUGAUUUUUCAAACGUUUAUGCUUAUUGUCAGGAACUUAAGAUGCUUGCUGAUCAACUUUCAAACGUUGGAUUGAAUGAGAAUUACGAUGGUGUUGCUACUUUCAUUCAACAAAGUGAUCCAUUGCCUCCGUUUUAUGAGGCACGUUCAAGGCUUAUCCUUUAUGAGGCAGGGGGUGAGCGUUAA